UAAAACUUAUUGCAAAUGGUGCUGAAAAACCCCAUUUUUCAGACUGCUAAUAUUUAUUUUUUCAAUUUGGUGUUUUGCAGAGAUAAUUACUUCAGCUUGACUCUUCUGUUGUUCCGUGUUGGGAACCAAAAGUUAAGAGAGUAUUUCAAGACACAGUGGCCAUUAGUUUAUCAGGGUGUUAGACCUGGUACAGUACCACCCCCUUGGAAUGACACACCACAAGAUGCAGCAGAAAUGAAAAACAGAGAACGGAGGCUGACAUUCAACGGCAUAGAUGAAGAGACAAAGUUUAACUCAGGAAACACAAACCACUGGGACUUCUCACUUCUCACCUCAGUGCUGCAAUAUUCAUCUUUGAAAUUUGUGCUGCCUUCCAGUCCUGAAAGUAAAGCGUUAGAUGAUCUUAAAAAAAUCCGUAACGAACUAAUAGGACAUGCUACUGAUGCAGCAAUACCUAAUGCAUUAUUCCAUACAGCAUGGACAGACGCCUGCAAUGCAUUAGCACUGUUCAAUGCGUCUAAGGCUGACUUCAAGUGUGUACAAGAUGAUGUGAAAAAGCCAUUGGAUGUGUUGUACCCAAUGCUGAAACAGUGUGUUAAACAAGAGAAAGAAGUAAAAGAUUCUGUUGACACAAGUGAGUUAACACCAUGUUAAGUUUUCUUAAAGAUCUUGUUGAACAACAAAUAUUUUUCGAUUUAUAAAAAGCUGAGAUAGUAUAGGCUUGACUGAGAGUAAGAAUGAAAAUAAGUGUGUAAGAUACCAAGCAGUUAUCCCCGGGGGGCGG